GCUGCCGAAAGUGAGAGUGCUGUCAUACCAUGGCUGAUGAAACAAAAAUUGUCACCGAAAAUGGAGAGGCUGGUCCUCCGAAAACGGCCAAGCAGUUGGAGAAGGAAGCCAAGAAGCAGGCCAAAUUGGACAAGUUGAAGCAAAAAUUGGAAAAGCAGCAAAACAGUGCACCCAAAAAAGAUGUGGAGAAAAAAGAAAAGAAAAAGGAAGUUAAGGAGGCGGCAGUAUAUACUAUAGACACAAAAGAGGGUGACAAGAAGAAUACAGCUUGCAAUUUGCCAGAUGCAUAUAGUCCUAAGUAUGUGGAAGCAGCAUGGUACAGCUGGUGGGAAAAACAAGGGUUCUUUAAACCAGAAUAUGGAAGAAAAUCUAUUCUGGAACCAAAUCCCAAAGGCAAAUUUGUUAUAAUCAUUCCUCCACCAAAUGUGACAGGUUCUUUACAUUUGGGACAUGCCUUGACCAAUUCAAUUCAGGAUUCCAUUUCAAGAUGGCAUCGAAUGAGGGGUGAAACAACACUCUGGAAUCCUGGUUGUGAUCAUGCUGGUAUUGCUACUCAAGUUGUGGUAGAGAAAAAACUUUGGAGGGAGGAGAAAAAGACACGCCAUGACAUUGGCAGAGAAGAGUUCAUUAAAAGAGUGUGGAAAUGGAAGGAUGAGAAAGGUAUAAGAAUAUAUCAUCAACUGAAGAAAUUGGGCUCAUCCUAUGAUUGGGACCGUGCUGCAUUUACAAUGGAUCCCAAAUUGUGUAAAGCUGUGACAGAAGCCUUUGUUAGGUUGCAUGAGGAUGGUACCAUUUAUAGGUCCAACCGAUUGGUCAACUGGUCUUGCACUUUGAAAUCUGCAAUAUCUGACAUUGAGGUGGAUAAAGUUGAGCUGCCUGGCCGUACAUUUUUGAGCGUCCCCGGUUACGAUGAGAAAGUGGAGUUUGGAGUGUUGGUCCACUUCGCUUACCAAGUGGCCGACUCCGACGAGAAACUGAUCGUUGCAACAACCCGUGUGGAAACAAUGCUCGGUGAUACCGCUGUGGCCGUGCAUCCAAACGACGAGAGGUACAAACAUCUUCACGGAAAGUUCGUAGUGCAUCCGUUCUGCGACAGAAAGAUUCCGAUUGUAGUGGACGACUUUGUGGAACUUGGAUUCGGAACGGGGGCCGUCAAGAUAACCCCCGCGCACGACCCUAACGAUUAUGAGGUCGGAAAGCGACAUAAUUUGCCGUUUAUCACAAUUUUCGAUGAUCAAGGUUAUAUAGUGGGGGAUUAUGGAAAGUUCACGGGAAUGAAACGGUUCCAAGCAAGGAAGGAAAUCGUUGCAGCGUUGAAAGAAAAGGGUCUAUAUGUGGAAACCAAAAACAAUCCCAUGGUUGUACCAAUUUGCAGUCGCAGCAAAGACGUGGUAGAACCAAUGUUGAAGCCUCAAUGGUACGUGCGUUGCGACGAAAUGGCUAGUAAUGCCGUUCAAGCCGUCAAUAACGGUGACUUAAAGAUUAUUCCUGAGAUGCACGUCAAAACGUGGCAUCAUUGGAUGGACGGCAUCCGCGACUGGUGCAUUUCUAGGCAGUUGUGGUGGGGACAUCGCAUUCCCGCUUACUACGUCUCACUGAAAAGCAGAACCUUAGGAACUCCUGGAGUCGAAGACAAUGACCAUUGGAUUUCGGGAAGAACCUACGAGGAAGCUGUAGAAAAGGCGGCUAAAAAGUACAACACCACCGCCGAUGAUGUUAUAUUAAAACAGGAUGAGGAUGUUCUGGAUACAUGGUUCUCUUCAGCCCUGUUCCCAUUUUCCAUCUUUGGGUGGCCAGAUAACACUGAUGAUCUGCAAGCUUUCUAUCCAACUUCUUUAUUGGAAACCGGACACGAUAUCCUGUUCUUCUGGGUCGCAAGAAUGGUAUUCUUUGGACAAAAACUUCUUGGAAAAUUGCCAUUCAAGGAAGUAUAUUUGCACCCUAUUAUUCGUGACGCCCACGGUAGAAAAAUGAGCAAAUCGCUAGGCAACGUAAUCGACCCGAUGGACGUGAUCACUGGUAUUAGUUUAGAGAACCUCCACUUGCAGCUCCUUGACAGCAAUCUCGAUCCGAAGGAAAUCGACAAGGCAAAAGCUGGCCAAAAACAGGAUUAUCCUGAAGGAAUACCUGAGUGUGGCACGGACGCAUUGAGAUUCGCUUUGUGCGCCAUGUGUUCCGGUAGGGACAUCAAUUUAGAUAUCCUGAGAGUGCAAGGUUACAGGUUCUUCUGUAAUAAGAUUUGGAAUGCCACGCGUUUUGCACUUACAUAUUUCGCCAGCGAUUUCGUAGCUCCAGCCGGUAAUCAGUUUAUCGGUAACGAGUCUCUAAUGGACCUGUGGAUGUUAAGCAGAUUGGCUUCAACUGUGGCAGAUGCCAACAAAGGGUUCAGCACCUAUGACUUCACUUUGGUCACCACAGCCAUUUACAAUGUCUGGCUGUAUGAACUGUGUGACGUUUACUUAGAAUAUUUAAAACCAGUAUUUGCUGGUAGUGACGAAGCUGCUAAGAAAACAGCACAAAUCACCCUGUACAGAGCCCUGGAGGUGGGACUAAGGAUACUUUCGCCGUUUAUGCCUUUUAUUACUGAAGAAUUGUACCAACGUUUGCCUAGACCAAAGGAAGUUGCAGAAAAGGUGCCCAGUAUUUGUGUUGCAUCUUACCCUGAUUCUGAAGAGUGCUUCUGGAAGAAUCAGACUGUAGAAGAUGAAGUUGAAUUCAUUCAAAAGGUUGCUAAGGCAAUUCGUUCUGCCAGGAGUGACUACAACUUGCCAAACAAAACAAAAACUGAAGCAUAUCUUCAAUCCAGCGAUUCCAGUACUGUGGAAAUAUUAAAGAAAUACGGGAAUGCUCUUCAAACUCUGGCGUAUUGUUCCAAAACACCAGUAAAUGAGAGUGCACCACAAGGUUGCACAAUUAUUACUGUCUCCGAUAAAUGUUCCGUGAAUUUGCUGCUCAAAGGUCUGAUUGAGCCUUCAAAAGAAAUAGCGAAGAUUCAGAAGAAGCUUGAAUUCCUUCAGAACACUAAGACAAAAUUGAAUCAAGCAAUAAGUGCACCUGACUAUUUGACAAAAGUACCACAAGAAGUGCAACAAGCAAACAACGAUAAACUAAAUCAAACUACUGUCGAGUUGGACAGAUUACAGGCGGCACUGGAUUCUCUUAAACUAAUGGAAUAAUGCACAUAGUGAUAAUUUAGGAAAUUUAUUUGGAAACCAAAAGCAUUUCUUCUAAUUUAUACUAUAUGGUGAUUGUUGUCUAUUUAUUUAUAUUUUAAUUUAAUUGUUAGGAUUUAAAACGGCAUUCAACUAGCUUUGUUAUUCAACCAAACAAUCCCAGUAUUAUGUAUUUAUUAUUUUUAUUCCUUAUCAAUAUACUUAUAAUAUGCAAAUAAAAU